UCUGGUGAACCUUUUUUCUAUGGCUAUCUUUGGAAAGAUUCGAGUACAGUUCACUUGAGGCCUGCAUUGCAAGCGGUCGCAGAUGAUCAUAACGGUAAAAAGGGCGAAAUAUGUGGAAUUGUUCCCCAUGGAUUCAUCGAAGAUGAUCUUCCGUUUAAGAUCGAGGUUCUUGAUAGAAAAACUGGCAUAGCUGAGAUUAAACUGAAGAAGAACUCAAAUAUCCGAUUCGAAGAAGAAUCAACGAUUGGAUUUGAAGUUGAGGCCUAUGACUGCCAAGAACCCCCAAACUUUUCUAAAAGGGUACCAGUCCGGGUGUAUAUUUUAAAUAGACAUGGACCAGUGUUUGAUAGCCUAAGCUAUCAGUUCACUGUGAGUCAGCAUUCUCCCACCGGUACUGUGGUGGGUCAAGUCGCAGCUAUUGCUGAGUUCAAUUCACGCGAGGAUGACAAAGCGACAAAAAUUUGUGAUUACCGAGUCAGUCCGGUAGACGUACCAUUCACUAUUGAUCGAUAUGGUGUGAUACGUGUUGGAACUGGACUGGAAGCGCUCAACGCGAACAAACCUUAUGUGUUUCAAGUGAUUGCAGAGGACUGCCACCGACCUAUCCCUUUGAGUGCUUCAGUGGAUGUACAAGUGACACUUCUUAAACAAGGCUGUCAACAAGGCUGGAAAGGUUUGGCUCCGGACAUCGAGUACCGAGGUACAUCUGAUAGUACUCAUCGUUUGUUCUGGCCCGCAAAACCCGUUUUGGAAACUUGCACACGAGAUUGCCCGGAUCCGACAAUACGAUUGCAACUGGAGCUCAAAUCUGCGGUCGAUGGUAAUCUGAUUCCAACCGCCACUCCACAAGCUUGCUUGCAUGAUCCGGAACAUUUGAACCGACAAAGGAGUCUAUGUAAAACCAAUCCGAGCACCCUGGUCAAUUUACUCCCUAAUCCCGAUCUGGAUCUGGCUACCCAACUUGUCCGGCCUAGUCUGGGUAGCACACCUCGAGUGAUGGCACCGUCACAAACUAUGCGAUUUAGUGCAUCUUCGUUGUCCGUUUGGGAGCUGGAUCCGAAACAUUUGUCCACAGAGUCUGGAAUUAACGCGUUCGAUACUAAUUUCACACUUUCGUUUUGGAUGCGUCGAAAUAUGGGACAGACACUCGGGCCUACUGCAACCCCGGAAGAUCGUGAGGAGACAGUUAUUUGCAGCCAGGAUCAAAAUAUUGCCCGCUGGCGAUUUCUGUCUGUCAGUUUUCGUGGAUGCCAGCUGAUCGUUCGCAUGAUGGCAUCAUUCCGUCCGGGUGCAAGUCUAAUCGAAUCCGAAGCUAGAGGAGCAAGUCAGUGGAUAUUUGAACCGUUGCCAGAACGUUAUUGCUCACCGAAUAUGCAUUCACAAAGCCAGUGGCAUCACUAUGCGAUCACUUUUAGCCGAGCCCCAUGGGCUGCGACCACACAGCUUAUCAGUCUAAUGAUUGAUGGCCAAGAUCCAGGUCUGAACGGUCCGGAUGAAAUUUUAACCACUCCUAUCCCGGCUUACGUUCCGUCAGCACGAAGGGCUGAUCCUAGAAUAACCGUUGGUGCGUGUUUUGAUCCAGAAACUCACCUCACCCGACAACAUUUGAAUGCCGAACUAACCGGAAUGACGCUGCUUUUUGAUGAAGUCGAAUCACCAAGCAUACUCCGCUGCAUGGCCCAGUGCGGUGAAUCAUUGUUCGUACCGAACGUGCUCAAAUACCUACUUGCUGAUAUCAACGUGACAUUGGGAAGUGACGUAAUUACCAUCACUGGACAGAAUAUUUCUCAUGUGACAGAUAUGCUCACUGCAAUAAUGUACAUCCGCCCGCAACCCGGAAUUAGCAACGGAUAUACCACUACUGUGGCACAAUCUCGAAAAUUGGAGCUGAAAACGUGGUACCAGUGUCCCAAUGAGAUGGCUAUUUCUUUGCCAGUCACAGUUAUCAGUUUGAAUGUGCUCCCGGAAGAGCGUGAAGGUGACCACCGAGUUGAAUCUUCGCAUCCUCUGGAUGCAAAUGAUGCUGGGUCUGUAUGGCUUCCGGAGGAUGAAAGCCAAUUCAAUCGACCGUCUGCUGCAGCUGCGGAGAUGGAACGUAAGGCAAAGGAACAACAGUUGAGUCGUUCCACAGUACCGACUCUUCGCAUUUCCGGACCAAAUGUGAUAGUUGCUGAUCCGUCAACCAUAGGACCGGGCAUACCUCUGUUUGCUGAUGUCAAAUUCAAGCUUUGGGACAGAGGUUUGACAAAAGGCUCUGCAGAAACUGUAGCCGCCUCAGUUCCACUGGACAGUUGUAAUAUAUGGCUUGUGUCAUCUGGAGAUCCCAAUCAACCUGUUUUAGGUCCAAGAUUCCACACAGAUCAAGGUGAGCGUAUUGAAUGGCCAGAAGCAAUGAUUCGAAAAAAUGGAUUUUACGGUCGCAAGAAUGAACGCGGAGUAGAACUACAGGGUCGCAAACCAGCUGGAGAGUAUGCUCGACUACUGAGAGAAUUUCGUUACUGGCCACCAUCCACGCUCAGUUCAAAACUAUCGACCAUAUCGCAGUCAAAACGUGCAGAAAAAUCGGAAAAUGAAGUAAACUACAUGGCCAAUGUGGAGCUUGUUUGCACCUUAGAUGCCGGAAAUCAACACACUUCGGAAUUUAUAGUCAAGAUUUUGAUUCCGAACAUGGACAGUAGACCGCAAGAUCGAUUGGAUAAGAAACAAGUGGAUGGGUAUGUCGCACUUUCGGACGGCGUGGAAAGUGUGAACUACGGACAGUCAGAUCGGGAACGGCGUCAGUUAUCCGGCGAUGAAAAGCUUAUCCGUGUCAACCAUGAGGAUGCUGCACCUUCAGACGCUUUGAGCAAACAGAAUCAGUCUAUCCGUCCCGGUAAGGGUCAUAUCGCUGGCAUUGUUAUCAGUUCGUUAAUUAUUGUGAUCGUUUUGGUCGCUGUGGCGUUAUUGUUUGUGUACAAACGGGAUCGUGUACACCGUAAACUAACUCGCGUUGGUCGACGGCCUCGUGUGCCAGAGUUUCCCGCCGAUUUCGGAGGCUCUAGUCUCAAACGCGACCCAACGUUGCGACUUACGGCCAAUCCAGUCGGGGAAAUGGACUACUACGGUAUUGGGACUCUCAGUGAGAAUAUUCAUGGAUCGACUCGAGUACUGGCUCCGAAGCAGUAUAUUUUCUCCCCUCCAACAACAAGAAGAGAAAACAGAAACAGUUGUUCCUCAGGCAGCGCUCAUCUUGCCGGACUUGAAGAAUUCGAUGAAGAAUACACGGGCCCUAUAAGUGAAGGCCCGGCUGAAUCGGACGGAAAUGAUGAUUUGGGUCAAGAUACAAACUCUCAGUUCCAAAAUUACAGUGAAGAUCAAGAAGGGGACGGCGCCAGCGACUUCUCUCCACCGAACGAAUAUGGAGCCGAUAUUUGUGAUUGGAUUGACGAUGACCUGGAAAAUCAGGAGUUGAUGGAGAAUGACCAAAACCAGCCAGAAGAACCCAAAUGGAAUUUGGUCGCAAAAGGUCCGGAGUCCGACUUCGGACCACCUGCCGUUGAUUUAUGA